AUGUUUUCACUCUUGUCUGGGUUGUUAUGUUUUUGUGCUCUGGGAUGUGGUCAGCUAACAAACAGGGAGGUGGACGAUGGAAAGCGCUACAUCUGCCGGGCAAUACCCCUCACGGGCGAUGCCAGUUGCCCUGUGACUUUGCUACCCGAGUUAAAUGCCGGGGGUCAAGAAGAAGAGCUCAGAAACACGGUCAUGCAGCUAAGGGAGACGAUUUUACAACAGAAAGAAACGAUUUCCAAACAGAUUGGCACCAUCAACGAGCUUACCACCAAGCUGUCUCUGUGCGCGUCAGCCACCGCGGAUAGAAAGUACGACAAAGGGGGAACAUGGGGCAAAGACAAACAAAACACGAUGGGGGACGUUCCCGGGGAUCCAAAUGAAACUAUCGACACUCUUGGAAAAACCAUGCAGGGGCUCAAGGACCGGCUGGAAAACCUUGAGCAACAGCAAAUGAGGGCCAACAUAUCUGGAGCCUCGUUCCCCAGUGAGCUCCGUGACCUGCUGCAGCAACGUCUUGGAGAACUGGAGAAACAGCUCCUGAAAAAAGUCAGCACCUUGGAGGCGGAAAAGAGCAUGCUGUCCAAUGCCACAGCUGCCUACAGGCUGAAAACAGAGAGCACUCUAAACGCAUUGGUGGAGAGGAUCAAUGAGUUGGAGAAAGGCGGAGGAGACUUCAUAUCCCCAGAGCAGUUUAAGCUGUCCCUGCCCCAGCGUACCAACUACUUGUAUGGCCGUAUCGCCAAGAGCUUGCCAGAGAUGUAUGCUUUCACUCUCUGCAUGUGGAUCAAGUCCAGCGCCAGCCCUGGCAUAGGCACGCCUUUUUCUUACGGUGUACCAGGGCAAGCAAAUGAGAUUGUGCUGAUUGAAUGGGGCAACAACCCAAUUGAGCUUCUCAUUAAUGACAAGGUUGCUCAGCUUCCCCUGGAGGUACGCGACGGCAGGUGGCACCACAUCUGCAUCUCUUGGACCACGCGAGACGGUCAGUGGGAGGCUUACCAAGAUGGGGAGAAGCUGGGAGCUGGUGACAACCUGGCGGCCUGGCAUCCCAUCAAGCCUGGAGGAGUGAUCAUCCUGGGGCAGGAGCAGGACGUGGUGGGCGGGCGCUUUGAUGCCGGACAGGCUUUCGUGGGCGAGCUGAGUCAGGUAAACAUUUGGGACCGCGUUCUGAAGCCCGUCGAGAUCCAGUCUAUGGCCAACUGCACUUCAUACGUUCCCGGGAAUAUCGUCUCCUGGCUGGCGAGCAACGUCGAAGUUUUCGGGAGGGGAGCGUUCAAACGGCCCUUGGAGAUAUGCCAGGAGAGGUUGCCCAAUGCUUAAAAAACCUCUCAGCCUGUCAUUUGAUUAGUUAAUGUUUCCAUCCAUCCAACUGUUUUUUAUUUUAAGUAGUCUGUUCUUACUGUGAGGCAGCUUGUUCAUUUUAUUUUUUUAUAGAUGGAUGCUUUUCGUAGUCUGGUUUACAUGUACAGCUUUGGGAUUACUGAACCGAUUCUGAAAAAGGACAAAAAAAGACCCCACUGAGAUUACAGCUGUAAC